AUGGCGAAGCGACCCUCCUCAUCUCUCUUCUUCUCUCCUCUCUCUCUCUUCCUCCCUCGAGGCGACACUCUCUUCUACCUCAUCGCACUCCUCUCCAUUUGCUCUCUCAUCCUCCAUCACCUCUCUCUCUCCUCCGCCACCCCCGACUCCCACUUCGAAGGCUUCGACGCUGACGACGACGAAUUCCUCGAGAACGACGUAGUUGAUCUCCCUCUUCGAUCCUCACCACCACCAGUAACCCUCUCUCACUCCGACCCCACCGAAUCCCACCAUGGCCCACCAGAUCCCAACCCUGCAUCCCCGAAAUCCGAUUCGUCUCAGCCGUCCGAUCUGAAACCAUCAUCCACCUCCUUCGACCACUGGGAUGAAGAUGAAUUUGAAGGCUUCCCUGAACAAUUCCCCCCUGAACCCUCCAAAUUUACUGAAAGUGCCACUCCCUCUGAAGUUUCCGAUCCCGAUGCAAAGCCAAACCCUAAACCAGAUGUUGUCAAGGUUUCGAGAUCAUACACAAUUGAGAUUGUGUGUGUAUCUUUCUUGAUUGUGUUUAUAAUCAAUUAUUUCACUGGAAAGAAAGAAAAUGAAAACAUUGCUUUGGCUUGGGCUACAAAGUUUGCGACUAAGGACUCAAUUUUCGAGAAAAAUUUCAGUUUAUUAGGUAUUGGGGAGGCGGAAGAUUCGCCUUUGUUGUUGAAAGAAGGGCAAACUGUGUUCAAAUUCUAUGCGAGUGGGCGGAGAUUUUGUACGGGGUUAUUGGCGACGAUGGAGUUGCAGAGCCGGCACGAUUUGAUAUCGAGAUUAUACAAUAUGGUGGUACCAUGUAGGGAUGAGAUUACAUUUGAAGUUUAUAUGAAUGAUGAUGCCAUGGAUCAGGUGGUUUUUGCUUUGGCCAAGAAGAAAGUGGCAAAAACGAUGCAAAAGGAAGUGAGCGAUUUGCAGAGGUUUGCGGGUCUGGUGAAUCCGCCGAGUGGCAAGAAGUGGGUUGUGGAUGAGUUGUCAGUUAUUUCCGAGUCGAAGGAGGUAGCUGGGGAUUUGAUCACAGAGGCUGUGCUUGAUCAGUCGGAUUUUUACAAGAUCAUGGAGCUAGAUUUGCCUCUCCACUCCGGUGCUUCUGUUAGUGGCAACGUUCAAGCAUUUCAUUUGUACUUUCUAGAUGCCAUUGACUUCUUUUUUGGAUUGGAUAUUUAG